AAUGUCAAAUUCAGCUUACUUAUGAAAUUAACUGCUAACUGUAUGUGUACUUCGACCUUGUCUGUCUGCUGUCUGUGUGUACGGCAAAGGGAAGAAUCAUGAAUCCUAGCAAAAACAUGUUGAUAUUUGUUCGUCAGCUGAGUACUACUCCUCUAAGACAGGCGGCUAUGAUUAAGCCACCAGUUCCUGUUUUUGGAGUUGAAGGUCGUUAUGCCACUGCUUUGUAUUCUGCUGCUAUGAAAGAAAAAAAACUGGAUGCUGUGGAAAAAGAUAUAAAAGAUCUGAAGGUUUUAUUAAAACAAGAUGUCAAAUUUGCCGAAUUUGUGAUGAAUCCUCUGUUAAAAGUGAAUGUCAAAAAAGAUGCAUUGGCUAAAAUCUUUUCAAAGAAGAAUUACACACCACUUACUCUUAAUUUAUUAGUUGCUUUGGCUGAAAAUGGACGAUUAAAAACAUUGCUACCAAUUAUUGAUUGCUUUAAUGGUGUUAUGAGUUCAAUUCGAGGAGAAGUUUUAUGUCGAAUAGUAUCAGCUAAGGUAAAUAUUAAUUAUUUUUAUGAAAUAUUGUCUUAUUUUGGUGUGCGUUUUCAGUAUUGAUUUUUAUUACUGUAA